GAGAACGGAGAUCGGCGUCCCAGGCAGCCGGCUUCUCCAGCCCGGAGCGGCUCCGGGGACCGUCCGAGCGCAGGAUAUACUGGUUGGGCUCCAGCCAUGGAGAAACUUUAUGGGCACGUGUCUGCCCACCCAGACAUCCUCUCCUUGGAGAACCGGUGCCUGGCCACACUUCCUGAUGUGAAGAUCAUGGAGAAACCACAUGGACAUGUGUCUUCCCACCCAGACAUCCUUUCCUUGGAAAAUCGUUGCCUGGCCACACUUCCUGACUUGAAGGUCAUGGAGAAACCACAUGGACAUGUAUCUGCCCACCCAGACAUUCUCUCCUUGGAGAACCGGUGCCUGGCUAAACACUCUAUUCGGAAGAGCACUAUGUCUGCCAGCUCCUUUCUCCAAUGUGUCCAGACAUCUCAGCUGGUGCAAGCUGAUCUGUGCAGCCUGGAUACCAGUAACCACCUGCUUUCUGAGCCUCCAACCUGGAGGACUCAGUGUUUCUCUGAGGGACCAGGCCCUCUGACCUGCCCCAGAGCCCUGAAAUCCAUCUCUGCCACAUGGGGAGCUCAGGAAACAGCUUUGGGUCAUUGGUCCUCUUCAGAAGAGAAAAAGCCAGGAGAGAAGAAAUGGACAGAGGCUCAAAUGCCUUUUUACAGUCUAAGCUUGGGAGAGGAGGAGGAGGUGGAGGAACUGGCCUUGAAGCUCACCCCUGGAGACUCUGAGUCUUGGUCUGAGCCCACUGACCAGCUCCUUCAGGAGAAGAAGAUGGCUCUAAUGAGCUUGUUGUGCUCCACUGUGGCAUCAAAGGUAAACAUGAAAGAUGCAGCCAACCCUACCAAGACUGCCCUCCUGGAAAUCUGUAGUGAACUUGCCCCCUUGGAGCCUGAGUUUAUCCUCAAGGCAUCUCUGUAUGCCAGGCAGCAGCUGAACAUCAGGGAUGUAGCCAACCAAGUCUUGGCCAUUGCUGCCUUCUUGCCAGUCUGCCGCCCCCACCUGCGACGAUAUUUCUGCGCUAUUGUCCAGCUGCCUUCUGAUUGGAUUCAGGUAGCCGAGUUUUACCAGAGCCUGGAUGAAGGAGAGGAGGACAAGCUGGUGCCCCUGCCUGCCUGCCUGCGUGCUGCUAUGACUGACAAAUUCACCCAGUUUGAUGAGUACCAGCUGGCCAAGUACAACCCUCGGAAGCACCGGGCCAAGAGACGCCCGCACCGACGCCCCCGGCCUCCAAAGACGAAGUGGCCAUUUCCUAAGACACCGAAAUAUUUGUCAAUAUUUAAUCUUCUUAGAGAUGAACAGGAGAAGUUUGAGAAGUCUUACAAUGCAGUGCCAGAAAGAAAGAAGCCACCAACGUUCACCCUGAAGAAGUUGGUACAGCGACUGCACAUCCAGGAGCCUGCCCAGCACGUGCAUGCCUUGCUAGGCUACAGAUACCCCUCCAACCUGCAGGCCUUUUCUCGAAGUCGCCUCCCCGGGCCAUGGGAUUCUUGCAGAGCUGGGAAGCGGAUGAAGCUAUCUCAGCCCGAGACCUGGGAGCGGGAGCUGAGCUUGCGGGGGAACAAAGCUUCCGUCUGGGAGGAACUCAUUGACAAUGGGAAGCUUCCCUUCAUGGCCAUGCUUCGGAAUCUGUGCAACCUGCUGCGGGUUGGGAUCAGUGCCCGCCACCACGAGCUUGUGCUGCAGAGACUCCAGCAAGCGAAGUCCGUGAUCCACAGUCGGCAGUUUCCGUUCAGAUUUCUUAAUGCCCAUGAUUCCAUCAAUGACCUUGAGGCUCAGCUAAAAAAUAAAGAAUUGCCAUUUCCUUCCAACACACAACUGAUGAGGCGGAUAAUGACUAGACACUUAAGAAAUGUCCAGAGACAGGACUAUAAAAGGCAACUUCAAAACCUAAAUCGUCAGAAACUUCGGGCAGCAAUGAUGGUGCCUGUGUUUUAUGAGCAACUCAAGCGAGAGAAGCUGCGAGUACACAGGAUCAGACAGUGGAAAUAUGACCGUGAAAUGCUGGCUCGAUAUCGACAGGCCCUGGAGACAGCUGUGAACCUCUCUGUGAAGCACAGCCUGCCCCCGCUGCCAGGCCGCACCCUGCUGGUCUAUCUGACGGAUGCUGAUGCAGACAAGAUCUGUCCCAAGAGCAACCCAGAAGGGCCCCCCUUGAACUAUGUGUUGCUGUUGAUGGGCAUGAUGGUUGCGCGGGCGGAGCACGCGGAUCUCUUGCUGUGCGGAAGAGGUGCGCUGAAGCCAGCGGUGGUUAAGGCGGAAGAUGGGAUCCUGAAGACUGCCCUCGAACUCCAGGCUCAAGUCCAGGAGUUAGAUGGAGGAUAUGAAUGGUCCCUGCAUACUUUGGGGAAAUACCUGCUGUCUCUGGCCGCACAGAGGGUUCCUGUAGACAGGGUCAUUGUCUUUGGCCAAAUUAUGAAUGAGAAACUGAUAAACAAGGCCAAACAGCUUUUCUGGCAGCAUGUGAAUUCCAAGUGCCUCUUUGUUGGCGUUCUCCUAAGAAGUACACGUGACACAUUACAAGACUUGAAUCCCAAUGACGUGACGCUCUCAGGCUGUACUGACGGGAUACUGAAGUUCAUUGCAGAGCGUGGGGCCUCCCGUCUUCUAGAACAUGUGGGCCAAAUGGACAAAAUAUUCAAGAUUCCACCUCCCCCAGGAAAGACAGGAGCCCUCGCUAUCCGGCCACUGGAAGAGAAUACUCCAAGCCCCUUGGCUCCUAUUUCCCAGCCUGGAUGGCACAGCAUCCGGAUUUUCAUUUCCUCUACUUUCCGGGACAUGCACGGGGAGCGGGACCUGCUGCUGAGGUCUGUGCUACCAGCAUUGCAGGCCCGAGCGGCCCCCCACCGCAUUAGCCUUCACGCCAUCGACCUGCGCUGGGGCAUCACUGAGGAGGAGACCCGUAGGAACAGACAACUGGAAGUGUGCCUCGGGGAGGUGGAGAAUUCGCAGCUGUUUGUGGGGAUUCUGGGCUCCCGCUACGGCUACGUUCCCCCCACCUACAACCUUCCUGACCAUCCUCACUUCCGCUGGGCCCAGCAGUACCCUUCAGGUCGCUCUGUGACAGAGAUGGAGGUGAUGCAGUUCCUGGAUCGGGGCCUCCGUCUGCAGCCCUCCGCCCAAGCACUUAUCUACUUCCGGGAUUCCAGCUUCCUCAGCUCUGUGCCAGAUGCCUGGAAACCUGACUUUACUCCUGAGUCUGAAGAGGCUGUACAUCGGAUCUCAGAACUGAAGAGCUACCUGAAUAAACAGAAAGGGGUUACCUGUCACAAAUACCCCUGUGAGUGGGGGGGUGUGGCCGCCGGCCUGCCCUAUGUCGGGGGGCUGGAGGAGUUCGGGCAGUCGGUUCUGCAGGAUGUAUGGAGCGUGAUCCAGAAGCUUUACCUACAGCCUGGGGCCCAGCCGGAGCAGCCGGUGUCCAUCCCAGAUGAUGACGUGGUCCAGGCCACCUUUCAGCAGCUGCAGUGCCCACCGAGUUCUGCCCGACCUCGCCUUCUCCGGGACACAGUGCAGCAGCUGCUGCUGCACCGAGGGAGGCUGAGCCUGGUGACCGGGCAGUCGGGACAGGGCAAGACCGCUUUCCUGGCAUCCCUUGUGUCAGCCUUGCAGGUUCCUGAUGGGGCCAAGGUGGCCCCCUUAGUCUUCUUCCACUUCUCAGGGGCUCGCCCUGACCAGGGUCUUGCCCUCACCCUGCUUAGACGCCUCUGUGCCUAUCUGCACAGGCAACUGCAAGAGCCGAGUGCCCUCCCCAGUACUUACCGGGGCCUGGUGUGGGAGCUGCAGCAGAGGCUGCUGCCCAAGUCUGCUCAGUCCCUGCAGUCUGGCCAGAGCCUGGUGCUGGUCAUCGAUGGGGCUGACAGGUUGGUGGACCAGCAUGGACAGCUGAUCUCCGACUGGGUCCCAAAGACCCUUCCCCGGUCGGUGCACCUGGUGCUGAGUGUGUCUAGUGACUCAAGCCUGGGGGAGACCCUGGAGCAGAGCCAACAUGCCCAUGUGGUGGCCCUGGGGCCUCUGGAUCCCUCUGCGCGGGCCCGGCUGGUGAGAGAGGAGCUGGCUCUGUACGGGAAGCGGCUGGACGAGUCGCCUUUUAACAACCAGAUGCGGCUGCUGCUGGUGAAGCGGGGGUCAGCCCUGCCUCUCUACCUGCGCUUGGUCACCGAUCACCUGAGGCUCUUCACCCUCUAUGAGCAGGUGUCUGAGAGACUUCGGACCCUGCCGGCCACUGUCCCCCUGCUGCUGCAGUAUAUUCUGGGCACCCUGGAGAAAGAGCAUGACCCUCACAUACUUUGCCAAGCCUUGGCCACGCUUGGGGUCACACGUAGCGGUCUCACUGUGGCCCAGCUGCACGGAGUGCUGAGUGCAUGGAAGGUUCUUCCCAGAGGGACCAAGACUUGGGAAGAAGCGGUGGCUGCUGGGAACAGUGGGGACCCCUACCCUAUGGGGCCAUUUGCCUACCUCGUCCAGAGUCUGCGCAGUUUGCUAGGGGAGGGCCCCCUGGAGCGGCCUGGUGCCCGGCUCUGCCUCCCUGCCGGGCCCCUGAGGACAGCAGCUAAAGGUCGAUAUGGGAAGAGGCUGGAGCUGGAGAGCACAGCACACGUCCUCAUAGCAGCUCAGCUCUGGAAGACCUGCGACCCUGAUGCCUCAGGCACCUUCCGCACUUGCCCCCCUGAGGCUCUGGGAGACCUGCCUUACCACCUGCUCCAGAGCGGGAACCGCGGCCUUCUCGCAAAGUUCCUCACCAAUCUCCAUGUGAUGGCUGCACACCUGGAACUGGGUCUGCUCCCUCGGCUGCUGGAAGCCCAUGCCCUCUACGCUUCCUCAGUUCCUGAAGAGGACCAACAGCUUCCUGCGGCUGACAUCGCUGCAUUUCACACCUUCCUGAAGCAGCAGGCUCCAGUCCUCAGUCAGUACCCGCUGCUCCUGCCUCAGCAGGCAGCCAACCAGCCUCUGGACUCGCCUGUUUGCCGCCAGGCCCCUCAGCUCUCCCAGCGAUGGCACCUCCAGCGCAUGCUAAAGUGGCUUAAUAAACCCCACACCAUGGGGGGCCAGCAAAGCUCCAGCCUGUCCCUGGCAGUUUCCUCAUCCCCCACAGCGGUGGCCUUCUCCCCCAGUGGGCAAAGAGCCGCCGUGGGCACUGCCAGUGGGACAGUUUACCUGUUGGACCUGAGAACCUGGCAGGAGGAGAAGUCUCUGGUAAGCGGCUGUGAUGGGAUCUCCUCUUGUUCGUUCCUCUCGGACAAUUCCCUCUUUCUUACUGCCUUUGACGGGCUCCUGGAGCUCUGGGACCUGCAGCACGGUUGUCGGGUGCUGCAGACCAAGGCUCACCAGUACCAAAUCACCAGCUGUUGCCUGAGCCCAGACCGCCGGCUGCUGGCCACUGUGUGCCUAGGGGGGUGCCUAAAGCUGUGGGACACAGUCCAUGGGCAGCUGGCCUCCCAGCACACCUCUCCCAAGCCCGUGAAUUGUGUUGCUUUUCACCCAGAGGGGCAGGUGAUAGCCAUAGGCAGCUGGGCUGGCAGCUGCAGCUUCUUCCAGGUGGACGGACUCAGAGUCACCAAGGAACUGGGAGCUCCAGGAGCCUCUGUCUGCACCUUGGCCUUCAAUGUGCCUGGGCGGGUUGUGGCCGUGGGCCGGCUGGACAGGAUGGUGGAGCUGUGGGCCUGGCAGGAGGGGGCGCGGCUGGCUGCCUUCCCUGCCCACCAUGGCUUUGUGGCUGCUGCCCUUUUCCUGCGUGCUGGGUGCCAGUUACUGACAGCCGGAGAGGAUGGCAAGGUUCAGGUGUGGUCCGGGUCUCUGGGUCGGCCCCGUGGGUGCCUGGGUUCCCUUUCUCUCUCUCCGGCCCUCUCCGUGGCUCUCAGCCCAGAUGGUCAUCAGGUGGCUGUUGGAUACCGAGCCGAUGGCAUCAGGAUCUACAAAGUAUCUUCAGGUUCUCAGGGGGCUCAGUGUCAAGCACUAGAUGUGGCAGUGACGGCACUGGCCUGGCUAAGCCCUGAGGUGUUGGUGAGUGGUGCAGAAGAUGGAUCCCUGCAGGGCUGGGCCCUCCAGGAGAGCUCCUUUCAGUCCCUCUGGCUCAUGUCCAGACACCAGAAACCUGUGCUGGGCCUGGCCUCCUCCCAGGAACUCUUGGCUUCUGCCUCAGAGGAUUCCACAGUGCGGCUAUGGCCACGGCAGUUGCUGACACUGCCACAAAAGGCAGAACACUUACCCUGUGCCACCGAACUGUGGGGACAUACGGGCCCCGUAAACUGCUGUUGCUUCAGCACUGAUGGGUGCCGCCUGGCCACCGGGGGCCGGGAUCGGAGUCUCCUCUGCUGGGAUGUGAGGACACCCACAGCCCCUGUUCUGAUUCACUCUUUUUCUGCCUGUCACCGUGACUGGGUCACUGGCUGCGCCUGGACCAAAGACAACCUACUGAUCUCCUGCUCCAGUGAUGGCUCUGUGGGGCUGUGGGACCCAGAGUUGGGACAGCAGCUUGGUCAGUUCCUGGGUCAUCAGAGUGCUGUCAGCGCCGUAGUGGCCGUGGAGGAGCACGUGGUGUCCGUGGGCCGGGAUGGAACCUUGAAAGUGUGGGACCAUCAGGGAGUGGAGCUCACCAGCAUCCCUGCUCACUCAGGACCCAUCAGCCAUUGUGCAGCUGCUCUGGAGCCCCACGCAGCUUGCCAGCCUGGGUCAGAGCUUCUGGUGGUGACUGUUGGACUGGAUGGGCUCACACGGUUGUGGCAUCCGCUCUUGGUGUUCCAAACACAUACCCUACUGGGACACAGUGGCCCAAUCAAUGCAGCAGCUGUUUCAGAGGCCUCAGGCCUCCUGCUGACCUCCUCGGAGGAUGGUUCCAUACGGCUCUGGCAGGUACCGAAGGAAGCAGAUGAGGCAAAUAUACCUAGGAGUCCUGCAGCCAUCACAGCUGUGGCCUGGGCCCCAGAUGGUUCUAUGGCAGUGUUUGGGAAUCAAGCUGGAGAAUUAACCUUAUGGCAAGAAGCUAAGGCGGUGGCCACAGUACAGGCUCCUGGCCGCAUCAGUGCUCUAAUCUGGUACUCGGCAAACACCUUGGUCGUUGUCAGUGCUGAUGAAAAAGUCAGCGAGUGGCAAGUGGAACUGCAGAGGGAUUCAACACCCAGAAAUUUCAGUCUCCGCCUAAACCGAGUUCUGCAGGAGGACUUAGGGUUCCUGACAGGUGUGGGCCUGGCCCCUGAUGGCCACUCCCUCAUCUUGGCUACGGCGGAUUUGCAGUUAUUGCACUUGAAGCCAGGGGAUGAUGCUCCCUCUGAAAUCUGGCACGACUACACAGAACAGCCUAUGAUGUUGUCCACCCACCAGGACUAUGGUGUGUUUGCCCUGAAGCCAACGGCCCCUGGAAUUCUUUCUGUCUUAAGGCAAAAGGAGUCUGGAGAGUUUGAAGAGUGCCUGGACUUUGUUCUGAACUUAGAGAAUCCCAGUGGGACCCUAAUAUCAGUAACUCAGGCCAAACCUGAAUCUGAGUCCUCAUAUUUGUGUGCCAGCUCCGAUGGGAUGCUGUGGAACCUAGCCAAAUGCACCUUUGAAGGAGAAUGGACCACAGGUAACAUCUGGCAGAAAACAGUACAAAUGCCUGAAACCCAAACUUCAGAAACAGAUUCAUCUGUGAAUAGUUACAUGGGGUACUGGUCAACAAUCCCACGUCUAAAGACACGGCAGCGUAAAAAGAUUCACUCAGGCUCUGUCACAGCCCUCCAUGUGCUGCCUGAGUUGCUGGUGACAGCUUCGAAGGACAGAGAUGUUAAGCUGUGGGAGAGACCCAGCAUGCAACUGCUGGGCCUGUUCCGGUGCGAAGGGGCAGUGAGCUGCCUGGAACCUUGGCUGGGGCCUGACUCUACCCUGCAGCUCGCAGUGGGAGACACACAGGGCAAUGUAUACUUUCUGUCCUGGGAAUGAAGAUGCAUUACUCAGGGCAGAGGUACCAUUUGUGCUAGAGGUCCAAGCCUGAAGACACCGGUGGAAACUUUCUUGAUAAAAUUAUAAAAAUAAAGUAUCAAGAAAUUUCAAGUGCAGUCCUGCCUGAGUUCUCAUGUGGA